AUGAUGCCCACGACGAGCAAAAUCCGCUGCUCUUCUUCGUUGACGUCGGGUGGUAGUGAUACUAAUACGCACAGCAACAGAUGCGUCGCUCGUGGUGGUGGUUUUUCUUCCUUUAAGGAACAACAACAAAAGCAGAAAAAAUCAAUCAGCACUUUUCGAUCAAAAUCAUUCUCAUCGGACGAUGAGGGUAAAUUAUUAAUAAUGAAUUCGACUCCUAAUCCAAUCGAGGAAGAAGAAGACAUGAUUGAAUACUGCGUCCUCAAAUCAGACGAAGACCUCAUUCACCUCUCGUUAACGAAAAGAGACGUGUUUCGAGCACUCGUAGGCAUCGUGGGUAUGGUAGGGAUGAGUACAGUCGUGCAAGGAUCUGCCCCGCCGUUUGCUCGAGCAUCCAACGGGGAAUCCUCUCUCAACAAGGCGGCUGACUCGGAAAAAGAUUUUAAACAAUUGAGAAAAGACGUGAAAGCUUUGAUGGAAAAAGACGCAAACUUAGGGCCGACUUUGGUACGAUUAGCGUGGCAUUCAUCAGGUACGUACGAUAAAAUGACACAAACCGGGGGUUCAUCUGGUGGAACUAUUCGGUUUAAGGAAGAACUCGCGCACGGCGGCAACGCCGGGUUGGACAAGAUGGUGGCGGCUUUGGAACCGAUCAAGGAGCGAAAUCCAAAAAUUUCGUACGCGGAUAUGUACGCGUACGCGGGGAAAGUCGCCAUCGAAGAAAUGGGCGGGCCAACCAUGGAGUUUAAAUACGGAAGAGUGGACGAGAUGGACCCGUCGAAAGUGACUCCGAAUGGGCGCUUACCUGAUGCGGAUAAAGGCGAUCACGCCGGACCAAAAACGACGCAAGGUUUGAGAGACGUCUUUUAUCGAAUGGGAUUCGACGACCAGGAGAUUGUCGCGUUAUCUGGUGCGCACGCCUUGGGAAGGUGUCACGCCGAUGCCAGUGGUUACGUCGGCCCGUGGUCCUCCACGCCUUUGUUGUUCAAUAACUCCUAUUACGGCUUAUUGAAAGGCCUCAAAUGGACCGAGAAUACAAAGACGAAAAAAUUCCAAUACGAAGAUCCGAGCGGGCAGCUCAUGAUGUUACCGUCCGAUAUCGUCUUAUUGGAAGACGAAAACUUUAAAAAAUACGUGGACGUGUACGCGAAAGAUCAGAAAAAGUUCUUCGCGGAUUUCAAAAACGCGUUCGAGAAGUUGGAGUUACUCGGAACGAGCGGAUUGAAUACGCUAAAGGAAUAA